CGCAAUCGGUUCGACUCAGGGUUAUUUAUGUCAGUUAAUUUUGUAAAUAAAACCGGGAAUGUGUCGUGAAACAUGGUAAAGUUUAGCGUUUUAAAGGGCCUGUACGAGACCGAAAAGACCAUAGGGUGCGGGGGGUUCGCCAAAGUGAAAUUGGCGACCCACGUAGCCACCGGGGAAAAAGUGGCCAUAAAAAUAAUGGAAAAAAAAAUGUUAAAAGACGAUUUGCAUAGGGUCAGCCUGGAGCUAAGUGCCCUAAAGAGUUUGUAUCACGAGAAUAUUUGUCAGCUCUAUCAGGUGAUGGAAACCGAAACCCAUUUUUUCUUGGUAAUGGAACACUGCUCAGGUGGUGAACUGUUCGAUCAUAUAGUGGAGAAAAACCGCUUAACAGAAGCAGAAAGUCGCACCUUUUUCAGGCAAAUUGUUAGUGCAGUGGCUUACUUGCACAGUUUGGGUUAUGCCCACCGAGACUUGAAACCUGAGAACGUUUUACUGGACAGAAACCAAAAUUUAAAAUUAAUUGAUUUUGGUUUGUGUGCCAAGCCCGAGGGGGGCAUGCAGAGCCCCUUGUACACCUCCUGUGGCUCUCCCACUUAUGCUGCCCCUGAAUUAAUUUUGGGGCAACAAUAUUUGGGACAGGAGGUGGACGUGUGGGCCAUGGGGGUCCUGCUUUAUGCUUUACUAGCAGGGUGUUUACCAUUCGAUGAUGUUGAUGUCAGUAAUUUGUAUAGGAAAAUUUUGAGCGGCAAAUACGACGAACCCUCAUUUAUCUCCAAAGAGAGUCGCUCCCUCAUAAGAUCGAUGCUCCAAGUGGAGCCGAAAAAACGCAUCAAAGUCUCCGAGCUGCUCAGUCAUCCCUGGAUGACGUUGGGCAUCCUGUCGCCCGUCAAGUGUCGCCUCCAAAGUCCCAUAGACCUAGAUCGGGACUGCGUGAAGGUUAUAGCAAAAUUCUUGGACCUCGAUGAGGGCGCGGUAAAAAGCGACCUGGAACAGUGGAAAUACGACUACACCACCGUAACGUAUUUCUUACUGUUGAGUCGAAAGAGGCGAGGGCAAACUUUGAAAUUGAACCCCGCCUGUGCCUGGAAGCACGUGAAACACCCCGAACAGGCGCCGUUAAUCGAGCAGCCUCUUGACCCGAUUAACGGGCAUCACCGCACCCCGAACGGUCCCAUCAAAAUCCGUCGUAAGUUCGGGGUGAGGAGUCCGGGGUGUUUGAGUCCCGCCUCAAAUAUGGAGGUCGAAGGGGCCUGUUACAGUCCCGUACAGUUUUUAGAUCCGAAUUGUGAGAAUUAUUGCAGCACAAACAGGAAGAGGCCCAGGAGUUCCCUCCUUAUGGACGAGGCCAGUCCAGUGCCGACGAAAAAAGCGACCCCGGGAGCCAAGGGAACCCCCGCCGUCGCAGCAAAAACCCCCGAUAGGAGGAAUUUGUGCGAAACCCCCGGCUCAGCCAGGAGGAUGUUGGGAAGCAUCGAGAAGUCUUUCCAUAAGGUGCGUCACGUGUUGACCCCCAAGAAACCGGCGACCGUGGUCCAAGAGGGCCCCGUCGUCUUAAAUGGCAAGGACUUGUGUAACGUCUCCACCACCCAGUGUAAGGAUCCCGAGUACGUUAUCGUGGAACUGUGCAAAGGAUUGGAGGGCAAAGGGAUCACGUGCACUAGAAAAGGUUUUCGUAUCAAGGGCAGCCUGGAACCGUCUACCGCGAACCGUUUGGGGGGUUGCUCGUUCGAGCUGGAAAUUUGUUAUCUUCCGCACCUGGGUACGGUCGUUCCCGAUCGGACUCUUACCCCGACGAAAUCGAUCUUGAAACAGGGAAUUUUCAAUCAGGAAACUGGUCAGAACGAGGCGAUUUCGGAGCUUCGGGGUAAGAGUUACGUGGGAAUAAAGAGGAAGAGACUAAAGGGCGACUCUUGGUGUUACAAGAAGGUGUGCGAACAGGUGCUGGCGCUCACUUGUACCGGAUUUAGUGCCAAGGAGGGACGAAUUAUGGAGUCGGCCGUUUAAAAUUGAAUUGUCUUUGCUUAGUGACUGAAUUAAUUGAAGAUUUUGGGUUGUUUUUAUAGAGAUAAUCUCAUUUAUUUACUAUUAUUUUGUAAAAUAUGUAAAAAUAAGACUUUUUGUAAUUUUUCAUAUGUUUUUCUAUAAUUCUUUUUUGUAUUUUUUUUCUAAUUGGCAUAAAGUUUAUAUUUAACGCAUGCAGUUAAUUCUUAUAUUUCCAGCACGGAUAGUAUUUAUUGUAGUCGUACGGAGCUAAUCAAACUUUAUAUUUUUAUAUGUUUACACUCAUUAAAAUUAUAUUUGGUUG